AUGCUUAAGGCUAUUCUCAGAGGCGAAACCACGAAAAUGAGCUACAAAGAAGCUCGAGACGCGUGGAAAUGGUCUGACAAGUUUGUCCUAUCCAGCGAUAACAUACUCUACUAUGUGGGUCCAACUCGACGUAAGUCGAAAGAUGACCAACCGGAAUUGUCGUUGAGACUUGUAGUACCGACAACAAUGAUUCAAAUUGUCAUGACUCUAUUGAUGGAGGACAUCAAGGAGUCGUUCGAUCAGGGUAAACAUGACUACUACUGGAUUAGACUGUAUGCAGAUGUUCACCUUGGCUGUAGCUCGAGCAAGAGCACACCACCGCUCAAAGGCUACUCACCUGGUAACGUGCUAGCAGAACGACCAUUCCAAGCAGUAUCAAUGGAUUUCGUUAUUCCGCUGCCGAAGUCUCGUCGAGGCAAUACAGCACUACUACUCUGGCAGUGCUCGUUCACGGGGUUCGUCAUUGCUAAAGCAAUGUCAGACACCGAUGCCUCAAAUGUAGCGGCAAAUUUAUGA